AUGACAAUUGCUGAUACCGAGGAGCCGGUCUCAUGGUUGAAGCAAAACCCAAAUCGCCAAUCCUUUGCAUCAAAACCUACCUAUAACAAGCGUAUCUCUACCAUGGCUACUGCUGCUGUUGCUCAUGGUCAUGGCCAUCAAGAGAUAUUACCAAAGGAUAGGAGACCCGUAUCACCACCAUGGAGUAAUCCACCUACAGCGAAUGAUCGAGUAUCAUCCAUGAUCAUGGCGCCUUCACCAACACCAUCCACAGCAUCAUCAACACCUACGUCUGCUUUACGCAAAGCGGAUGGCAACGUCCAACAAUUUAUUCCUCGUCUCGAUCUCGAUCUUUCACCCAUGACCAUCCAUCCUCGAGACACGGAAGAUGAGGAGGAUGAAAAUGAGGAUGGGGAUAGUAGUAGUGGAUUGCAAUCACCAACAAGCAUACAAUACGUAUCGAACGAUUUAAUGGGCCGUGUUCAGUCGUUGGAAAGCGAACUGCAAACGGCAUAUCAACAUGUGCAUUAUCUCAAAGCUCAGCUUGCUCAACAUGAUCAAUCCACCCAAGCACUUGUUACAAAGCAUAUAGAAGAAAAGGAAAGCGAAAAGUUACGAGUCAAGCAGCUUACAGAGUUGGUGCAUACCCAAGAUUUGCUUAUCCAGCAGCUUCAACAACGCCAACAACAACCAGCUACAUCAAGCAGUGACUCAAGUAUGGCUCAAGAACUUUCAAAGCUGCGGGCGGAUUUGGAUACAUUGCAUUUUGAAAAACGUAGCCUUGAAACACGGAUGGCAGCCUUUUUGCAUGAAGAAUUGGAUAUGAGCCAUGUAUCUUUAUUAUCUAAUGACGAUGAUGAGCUUUUUAGUGUUGCUAUGGGAUACCGAUCAUCAACAGAGCAACAACCACAGGAUCUUCUUCAGCACAUGGAUCUACGACGAAGGAGUAGCAGUAUCAUUGAUGCCGACCAGUAUAGCAUGAUGACCUUUGGGAAUGCAUCAUCACACCAUCAUCAUCGUAGCAACAGCAACAGCGAAAAUCGACUUUGCAGUCCAAUGGGUCAUAUUACUUCCAACAACAACAAUAACAACCACGCCACAUCACCUUCUUCUCGUUAUACCAACCAUUCAACUUUGAAUUUGGUAGAGGAGCGUGAUGAAGAAGAUGAUGCUGUUUCUCGCUAUUCUUCAUUGUCAUCUUCACCAGCAACCAUGUCAUUUGCAUCACCAACAUCAUCAUCAUCCGCGAGUGAUCCUCGAUACUCAAUCCUAAAGUCGACACAACAAAUGAGAACUUCCUUGUCAUCGGUAUCCAGUUCUCAUUUGCCAGCACAUGCAGGCUCACCCACAACAACAAGUCCAUCUACAGCUGCAGCUGCUGCAAAUGCAGCUCGUAAAGCCGCAUGGGCAAGGAUCAUGAUACCACCCGCCACACCACCACCAAGCCAUCCACUUCCACCUCUUCCUCCUAAUGGUGGUGCUUUCCCUCUUCCUGCUGAUGAUACAUUGGAUGAUGAUAGCGAUAUGGAUGAUGCCUAUCCUGAUCCACGUCAAUCCCAUUCUCCUAGAAAAUCCAUGAUGCCACAUCCUCCUUCUGUUCCACCACUCGCCAUAUCCACAAGCUCCACCUCUAUUUCACAGCAACAACAACAACAACACGAUCCUGGAUUGUCAUCCGCUCCACCUAUCAUGUCACCUCAACGAGAAUCCUUGGAAGCUGCUUUGCAAAAGAAUGGUCGUGAAAGUGCUGCUACGGUUCAUUCAUCGGGUACAGAUGAAACAAGUUCAAGGGAAAGCAAGCAAAGCUUUUGGAAAGGCGUAAAAACGAAAUGGAAGAGGAAAUAA